AUGGAUGUUUAUGAGUCUAACUGCGUAGAUGCAAAUCAUUUGAUGGAACUGAACUCAGGUAGUGUAUUUUGUAUUCCUGCUGAUGAGAAGAUUGCUCUUCCUAAAGAGCUGAUGGAUGCUAUCAUUGACGAUGCUAUUGCUGAAUGUGAGAGAAGAGGUAUUAAAGGUAAAGAUAUCACGCCGUUCCUUCUGGCAAGUGUUAAAGAAGCGACUGGAGGACAAAGUGUGAAAACCAAUGUGGAAUUUGUCAAGAAUAAUGCUAGAAUAGGUGCUAGAAUCGCUGUUGCUUUGGCCGCUUUAGAGGUAGGUGUAUUCUUUUAA